AUGGAUAUAUUGAGUUUGAGAGUCACUGUCCGAGAGUCACUGUCCGAGAGCCUGUCGAUCAAUUCUCUGAGAGCUGUUUCAUACGAACCAGUUGCGCACUAUUCUGAAAGUAGUUGUCGCGAGAGAAAGAGAAAAAUGUUGUCGCCGCGAAAAGAAUGGAAUAAAAAUGAUACAUUUAAAUUAAUUGCAUUAUAUGAACAUCAGCCAAUAUUGUGGGAUAAAAAACAUAUGGAUUAUAGAAAUCGUGAAAAAAAAAAUAAAAUAUUAAGUGAAAUUGGAUUACAUUUUGAAUGUUCCACAGAAGAAAUUCAGAGGAAGAUACAUAAUUUGAGAAACCAAAUGUCACAAGAAUUGAAAAAAAAAAGAAAAGGAAAAAAGGAACUGAUGAAAUAGAGGAGUCAAAUUGGAUUUAUUUUAAUGCCCUAAAAUUUUUAAUUCUACCACUUACGAUAAAUGUGACACAAUCAUUACACACGCAGACAUCGAUGUCUAUU